AUGUCCCACGCUCGGCCUGAAGUACCCUCGAAUGCCUCGGGAUUGUCUUCACGACGCGCUAGUCAAUCUACAGUAGAAACUUCGAAUAAGAGGAAGAGAGACAGCACUACUGGCGUACAGUCGGUACCAAGACCGUUUUUAAUACGGCCGUAUCCUAAAUCGAUAUACGACAAACCUACUAUCUUCACACCCCUCCACCUAAUUCCACGAUCCCAGUUACCGCUCACGUAUCUCGACACUUCAGUAACUACCAAUCCGUCGAAUCGACUGUUCUCUUCCCACAUUGACGUCCUCGAACAAGACCAUGUCGAAGCGCAUCAGGAACCAGAAGCGCCAAAGAUCCUCAUCACUCGAAAUGAGGCCGACAAGGCUUUGUACGCGGUGGAACGCAUCCAGGAAAGCGUGUACGGACUGUGUAAAUUGGCUGCCUGGCUGAAAGAGAAGGAUGUAUCAGACGCGUGGGAUUCGAACAAGAACAUUAUAUCAUCGACGCGGCGGGAGGUCGGUAAUACCCAGAGCGGGAAAGAAUGGUGGCACGCUGCAGCUAUUGAAAGACACGUAGAGCCGGUAUCAGAAGAAAGAGCUCCCAAACGGCUUCGUAUGUCGAUGCUUCGUCCCAAUCCCUUGAGUUUGGAGGCCACGCAACCAGGACCGACGGUCAAUAGCCCCAUAAUCCCGGAAGCCGCACAGGAUGUCACUAUGGACGCUCCUGACAUAGCAGCGGAGGAGCUACUAUCCGCACAACAGAUUUUCGAGAACCUAGUUGCACAAUAUCUGGACGCGCUGUAUUUGUCGAAGACGUCUUUGGCGUAUUUUGCAAAGGGUCCGAUGUCUCGAGCCCGCGCUGCUGUUACCUCCGCUGAGGACUCUUCCUUUACGAUACACAAAUUUACGAGUUUUCUACGAUCUAGUAUUCUGAGUCAUUCCGCCAUGGAUAGGAAGUACCGCGAAAAGCUCUCGGAAGUGGUCAAAUCCAUACCGCCAGGAUCCUUCUCAGACGAUGAGAACAGCACCACGAAACCCAGAAAGGGCAAAGCAAAGAAGGUGAAACUUAGUAGAGAUGGGAUGUAUCCUCGAGAAGACGAGUAUGUAAAAAAAUGGUGGAUUUCAGACAGUUCGAGUCCACCCAGAUAUGGAGAAGUGACGUUGGACCAGCGCCUAAAGAAGCGGGUUGGAGACCUUCGAAUUCGAGAAACACUAGCACAGUUGAUUUUCAUGUUGGAGAUCCUGGCAUUAGAAGCAUUGCCCACGUACAAGGAACCUGCAGUAACUGAUGAGGCGAUCGAUGGCGAGACUCAAACCCAGCAGGAGUCUCAAGCAAAACCGAAGAAAAAGAGACAAAAGAAAGUCCAGGAUAUCAAGCUUCUUAUUGAUUUACUUCUGGACAAGUUGUGCAUCUGGCAGUCUGUGGAGCAAGAUGAAGACGUUUCAUACCAAGCCAAAGGUUCUAAGUCUGGAGAUGCGUUGGAUGCGAAUUCUAGCAAGUCGGCAAAUGGCGAUCGACUUCGAAGCUUUUGUGUAGAAGUAAUAGUGCCAUUCUACAUGAGCAGACUUCCAGAACAAGCUGCAGCUAUUAACAAAAGACUCGGCGGACCUGUUGCUGCUUCACCCGCGAAGAGGAAAUCCACCAAACCGCCUACGACGUCUCGAAAGUCUGGGGAGCCAAACGAGCCAGAGCCAAAGAAACGACGAACCCUCGGAAGGGUCGUAACAGAAACUAUCAAGCAGCUCGCACAACGGACAACACCGUCCCUCCACCGCUCAUUCACAGACUCCGCACUCUUGCCAGGUCUCAAACGCGAAGCAAGUGAAGUUCCUCUUUCUGCUAUACCCUUCCAGCGCAGUCCGUCGACGGCGUCGAAUCGUCAAGCCCUAUCGCAGUUCAAUCGCUUGAGUAAGCGCGAAGUUGAUCUUACGACGAAGUCAGCGACGGCUUUAGCUAAGAUUAGCCGGCAAAAGAGGGUGGAGGAGGAGCUUAAGGAUGCGAUUUCUACAUUGAAGAAGCCGCAACGUGGUUUGGCGGUUGGCGGAUACGUGGAGGAUGCGGAGAAGAGGGGCCUGGGAUCCGCCAACCGAUCGAGGAAAUCUGCGAAUCCUACUAGAAAGGUCUUACAGAACGUCCAAGUCACGGCGACACCCCGACGUGUUCGAAAAACGAAAGACAUUGCCCAGACCCCGUUCAGAAGCGGUGGUUUUGACGAUCUACCACCAAGCUCCUCUACCUCCUGUAUCCCAUCCUCCGCCGUUCGCCCUCCUGCUUCCGUCAUUCCAGGAACUGAGAUCCGACGUACCGCUCCUGGUGCGAGUCAUGGGAUAGCCGAGACACCAUCGAGGGGACCGGGCAGGAAAUCAGUAUCUUUCUUCAACACCGAUUCACAAGCACAGAAAGCCCCGCCAGAAUUCAGACUCCCAGUGCCUAUUUUCGAGAACAAGAGUCUAGUGGACGGUGUUAUUCCGCACACGCCGUCGAAAUCGAGGAUGCGGAGAAUGGGAAUCGAAACCGAGAGUUCGGAGCCGGCUACGAUCUUGUCAACACCCUUUAAACCGUCUGGGACGAAUGGAUUGAAUGUUUCGAGACCGGAGGCGAUUGUUUUUAGUACGCCUGUGAGAAAGCCGACUUUAGAGAAUGCUGCCUCCGCUCUUGAUGAGACGGUUCCAACAGUGGAGGCGUUAGGCGGUGGUGGUGGGGCGGCUGGCAUGGUUGCAGAUAAGGAGAAGUCGAUAUAUGAUGUUUUGGGAUGGGAUGAUGAUGACGACUUGUUAUGAUUGGGCUUUUAAACACGUUGCAUGUGCGAGCGGUUGAGCAUUUAGCAUUUGAUGGCGUUUGGGUUUUGGGGAAUGCAUAGCGUGGCAUGAAAGGCUGGUAGCCUGCAUUCGAGGACAUCUGGGUUGGUUCCACGGAGAUUCGGACUGGAAGCUGCAUCUGCAUAGUAUGGGCCAAGGAUAUACAUAUAGAGUAUAUACGAUUAUGAAACGAGCGUUAUUCACAU